CCCCAUGGGACAGCCGAGGGAACGCCCCGCCCUGGGGUGACACUCACUUUCCCCCACCACCGCCUUCAGCCCCGAGGGCGCCAUCUUCCCCCAAGGAGUACGGCCGCUUCCGGGUCGGUCCCAAGGUGGGGGCGUGGCCCGGCCCGUCAUCCACGUGGGCCCCACCCCGCGGGCUCGGGUCCCGCCCCCUGCGCACCUGGUCCCGCCCCGCGGUCAUCGGUUCGCCGCCUCCGGGAAACUGGGUCCCAGCAACAGCAGUUUGUUCCACUUCGAGGGCAAGUGCACUGACAGGGCCCCAGACGGCUAUCCCCAGUCGGUGUGCGCCCUCGAGGAGUCCCUCGUGGGAACUGAAGUGCUCUCUUGCUCACACACUUUGAGAUCAGUUUGCUCAGCGCGAUGGCAGAGCUGUAAAAAUACCCGUCUCACCUGGGUACCAGUACCACCGUGUCCAGAAGUUCCUCCCUCCGUGAUAUAGUGUGCCCACUCAAAGGACAACGGGGCCUUCGAGAUCUGGAACUGUUACAGCCGCCCUCUGUCAUCCAAAGACUAGUAGCACAAGAUUGGGCAACAUUUGGUAGACUCCGGAGGCCUGGAGACCCCAGCAGGUACUAGAGACUGAAGACACUCAGCAUGGCCUUUGAGGGGCAGAUGGACAGGAGCUCCAGAGUUUCUUUCAUGGAGGCCCUAGGGGCGCUACAGGGUCACAGGAGUGGUGAGUAGCAGGAGCCAGUUUGGCUUGUGUGUCUGUGGAGGAUGCAGGGAUUUCAAGGAGUCCUAGACCCCAACUCCCUCCUGGCUAUCGCCCUGUAGAUGUCACCUGUGCUGCAAGGGGAUGAACAUAUAGACGGGAACUGGAUGUCUUGGGGAGGGACAUCCUGCAGGCCCUACCCUCUCGUUGGUUGGUCAACAUCACACUGGCUUCUUCCUGGCCCCAUCUGAGAGUCCUCAAGGCCCUGUGAGCAUGGCUGUGCCCAGAGAGGUCAAAACCUGGACUGCCCUGCCCCCUCCACCCACCUCAUCAUCAGUCUGGAUGAACAAUUACCUAGAGAUCAUCUUUCUGGGGCUUAAUUGUGGGUGGGAGCAGAUGGGAUGUGAGCUGGGGAUUUGGGGAUGGGGAAAGGUAUCUGCUCCCCCUUCCCCCACAUCCUGGCCUUUUAAAAGGCCCUCUCAGGUGUGGGGGCCCUGUCAUAGGCCAGGAGGAAAGUGUGGGAGACACAUGAUGGAUCAGGAAGAAGAAAAGAGCAAGGGGGUCUCAGACCUUCUGGACAAGGCAGGUUCACCGGACCAAGAAGGCUUCUUCAACCUGCUGAGCCACGUGCAGGGCGAUCGGAUGGAGGAGCAGCGCUGUUCCUUGCAGGCUGGUCCAGGCCAGACCCCAGAAAGCCAGGGUGGCCCUGCUCCUGAGAUGGACAAUCUCAUGGAUAUGCUGGCUGACACCCAGGGCCGCCGCAUGGAUGACCAGCGUGUAACCAUCAAUUCCCUGCCUGGCUUUCAACCUAUUGGUCCCAAGGAUGGAAUGCAGAAACGACCUGGGACCCUCAGCCCUCAACCCCUGCUCACCCCUCAGGACCCUGCUGCACUCGGCUUCCGCAGGAACAGCAGCCCCCAACCCCAGACACAAGCUCCUUGAGAGUUCUAGCCACCCUGGGCCCCCCAUCGGCCCCUGAAAACAACAAUAAAAUGCUUGG